AUGCCGCCCAAAGGGAGUGCACGACCGACUGCUAGCCGUGGCGCACGGCGCGCCACGGACACGCGCAAGCGCGCCGCCGAGGACACGCCGAGCGCGGCGAAGCGCGCGCGCACGACGAUCACAACGCUGAAUGCUGCGCCCGCGCCGGUGCCUGCGCUCCACGAGUCGGACCUGGAGCUGGGCAAGGCCGGCGAGCGCACGAUGGGCGCCAUUUUCCAUACGCAGGGCGCCUUGACGCCUACCAGCGGCGAUGUCGUUGCGCGAAAGCUCUUUGUCUGGGGCACCGGCGAGGCCGGCCAACUGUCGCUCGGCGGCCCGGACGACGACAAUAUCAACAAGCUGACCAAGGGCAAGCCCUUUGGCAACAAGGGCAUCUCGCAGCAGACCGACGCAGGCGACUUUGGCUCGGGCGGCGCCGAGGUCAUUACGGCCGGCGGCAUGCACACACUUCUCAUCGAUGCCAACGGCCGCAUCCUGUCGUGCGGCAGCGACGACCACGGCACGCUCGGACGCACGCAUCCCGCCAACUCGGACGAGACGGAGGAGGACGACUACUAUGUGCUGCGCCCGGUCGACGGCAUCUCGCCGAGCGGCAAGGGCGUCGCCGGCGCGGACGGCCAGGUGGUGCGCUUCCGUGCGACGCGCGUCGCCGCGUCCGACGGAUGCAGCGUUGCGCUAGACACGGCCGGCGCGCUCGUCGCCUGGGGGCACUUUAAGGACGGCGAGGGCAAGGUGUGCUUUGCCGACAGCGAUGCACCCGGUGCGGCCAAGGAGCAGUGGUCGCCAACGUCGCUUCCUGCGCUGGCCGACGAGCGCUUUGCGCAGGUCGCCUGUGGCGAGAACCACGUCAUGGCGCUCACGCUCGACGGCCGCGUGUACUCGUGGGGUCUCAACAGCACCUCGCAGCUCGGCCGCUUCGCGAAUUUGUACCGCGUCCGCGCGCAGUUUACCAAGCGCGAUCCCCCGGCGAACAUGCUGCUGACGCCUGCCGUAAUCCCGGAGCUGAAGCGCAUUGUGCACAUUGCCUGUGGCUUGAACGCGAGCUUUGCCGUGGACGCCGACGGCCGCGUGUAUUCGUGGGGCCUCAACACCCGUGGCCAGACCGGCACGGGCAGCACCAAGGACAAGGUGACGCGCCCGACGCGUGUUAAGGCGCUCGAGCCCACGCACCUCGACGGCGCGCGCGUCGUGCAGAUCGCCGGCGGCGAAUUCCAUACGGCGUUCCUGCUGGACAAUGGCAAGGUGUAUAUCUGUGGCGACGGCGACGAGGGCAAGCUUGGCCUGCCUGCGUCGCACCCCGCUGCGGCGAGCGGCGCAGCGCCGCUGCGCACGCCCGAGCAUGUCCCCUUCCCUGCGGCGCCGGACUAUGCGCCGAAGACGGCUACGAACGACGGCCAGACCAAGAUUAUCGGCAUUGCUGCUGGUCUACGCUUUACGUUUGCUCUCGCGGCGGACGGCACGCUGUACUCGUGGGGCACGACGUCCGACGAUGCUAUGGGACAGCCGGCGGCCGACUGGGGCGCCGACCAGAGCAAGUCGACGCCGACCGCCGUGCCGAUGCCGGGCGAGCCGGGCGCCUGGUCGAUCGUCAGCGUCGCGACCGCCGGGCAGCACUCGCUCGCGCUCGCGGCACGUGCGCCGUAG